UCAUAAGAUGUUGUUCAGUUCCGCAUAUGGCUCUGUUGAAUGUGAUCUUUUCUCCCCAAAAAAUCGGAAUUUCAGAUACAAUUAAAGAGCGGAUCUUCUUCUCUACUCAAAUUCUCUCUUACCCAUCACUCUUUUUCAAUCGUUUAAGCUUAAUUUACAGAGAAAGGAAGAAUCAUGACUAUAAUCGAGACAUCUAAAAGAUUCUGGACGAAGAAGACAUUGUUGGGUCUUGGAUUGGGACAGUUUCUUUCCCUUUUGAUUACUUCUACUGGGUUUUCUUCAUCAGAACUUGCUAGAAGAGGAAUUGAUGCUCCAACUUCACAGUCUUUUCUGAAUUAUGUGCUUUUGGCGAUUGUUUAUGGUAGCAUCUUGUUAUACAGAAGGAAAGCUCUUAAGACAAGAUGGUAUUACUAUAUUUUGCUUGGUUUGGUGGAUGUAGAAGCCAAUUUCCUUGUGGUGAAGGCAUAUCAGUACACCUCGAUAACAAGCAUUAUGCUGUUGGAUUGUUGGACAAUUCCUUGUGUCAUACUUCUUACCUGGUUUUUCUUGAAGACAUCAUACAAAUGGAGGAAAUUUGUUGGUGUUGCCGUCUGUGUGGCUGGUCUUGUCAUGGUCAUUUUUUCCGAUGUCCACGCCACUGACCACUCAGGGGGGAACAACCCAAUUAAGGGAGACAUGCUUGUAAUUGCUGGUGCUACACUUUAUGCAAUCACUAAUGUCAGUGAGGAGUUCUUUGUGAAGAAAACAGACAGAAUCGAAUUGAUGGCAAUGUUGGGACUUUUUGGUGCUAUUAUCAGUGCUUGUCAAGUAGGCAUACUCGAGCGUAACGAGCUCAAAUCUAUCCAUUGGUCAACUGGUGCAGUGAUUCCAUUCAUUGGAUUUUCGCUGGCAAUGUUUAUGUUUUACUCGUUUGUUCCCAUAUUAUUAAAGAACAAUGGAUCGACGAUGCUUAAUCUUUCUUUACUGACAUCAGAUAUGUGGACUGUUUUGAUUCGCAUAUUUGCAUACCAUCAAAAGGUUGAUUGGAUCUAUUUCAUUGCCUUUGCGGCUGUGGCCAUUGGGCUUGUGGUGUACUCCGGUGGUGACAAAGAAGAUGAAAACCCCGGUGAUGAUACUAAUAUAGAGAAUGAAAUAAUGAAAUGUCGGGAUGUUGAAGAUGGAAUGAGAAGCUCGAGAUAAGCAACUUUGGAUGAUAGUUUCUCCAUGACGAUAAAAUAGUUUUUAGUUCUCUUUUUUUUUGAUAUGUUUAGAUUUUGAGUUGUGUUUUAUUUUCAAUUUAGUUCUUAAUUUGUUUAUUUCUCUUAGCCUUUUAGAUCUUAGCUUAUAGUUAUAAUCAUAUAUUUUAUACUAUACAAUAAUAUAUAUAAUAUAAAAUUUAUUAAUU